UGGAGACAGAGAAUCCAUGGGUAAAGGGAGGAAAGAAAAGAGGAGAGAAUUUUAGCAAGCAUUGCAUGGUGAUACAAACAUUCUCUCCUGCCAAUUUGGUUAUGAUCAUCAAUUAAUCAAAUAAAAAUGCAACAAGUUUUCAAAUUAUGCAGACAAUCUUCAAUUCCAUCUCCUCCAUUUUCUCAACCCGCUAAACUUGCCUUCACCAUUUUCCAUGCUGCUAAAGCUCUCGCAGUUGCAACUUCUGAAGCUGCUAACAAUGGCGACAGCACUAGUAGUAGUGCUAACGACGCCGUUUCAUGGAUUUCUCUUGAUGUAUCUAAGAAACACUCUCGGUCUCUCUCCAAUGUUGGUUUUUCUAAACCCUCUUUAACUCAGGCUGCUUACGUACCAUUGAUACUAUCAGAAAAUGACGCAGUUGUUGCUGCAGAGACUGGAAGUGGUAAACCUCAUCAUGCACGAAUUAACUCAGGGUUUGGAGCUCAUGUUCAUUUAUCUCAGAAAUGGAGUAUUAAUCAACUGGUUGUUAAAUCCAUUAGUUUGAGUUCAUCAACGUCUGUGUUCCUAUGUCUUGGUGUUGUUCAGUGGUAUUCGUCCAAGAGCAACUCUUCUGGGAAGCAAAAAUUGAAACCGAAGGCAGUAAUGGAAGAAGAGAAGGGGGCGUAUUUCGUGGUCCGAAAGGGGGAUAUUGUUGGUGUUUACAAGAGUUUGAGUGAAUGUCAAGCUCAAGUUGGCUCUUCGGUAUCAGACCUUUCAGCUACUGUUUAUAAAGGAAAUUCUUUGCCUAAGGAUGCUGAGGAAUAUCUUGCGUCCCGUGGGCUUCACAAUGCUCUCUAUACCAUCAAAGCCUCUGAUUUGAAAGAUUGUCCUUUUGGCAAAAUUGUACCUUGUCCUUUUGAGAAAACCUGCAUUCUUCAUUUUGAUGGUUCCAGUAAAGGAAAUCCUAUACGAGCUGGUGCUGGAGCUGUGCUUCGAACACUUAAUGGAAACUUGAUUUGUAGAAUACGUCAAGGCUUGGGAAAUGCCACCAGUAGUGUUGCUGAAUAUCGAGCUUUUAUUUUAGGAUUAAAAAAAGCUCUUGAGAUGGGUUGUACAAGGAUUCAAGCGCAAGGUGACAACAAAAUUGUCUGCAUGCAGCUUAAGGGUGAAUGCAGAGUAAAGAGUCAAAACAUGUCUGACUUGCAUGCAGAAGCAAGCAGACUCAUGAAACAGUUCUUAUCUGUGAAGAUCAGUCAUGUUUUAAGGGAAUUGAACUCUGAUGCUGAUAAACAAGCAAAACUUGCCGCUCAACUUGCUGAUGGUCAAGUACAAGAAGUUUUAACUUAAAUUCUGCAAAGUCAGUUUCUGGUACCUUGGUAGGAGAAUCAGACUGCAGCAGCAAUCCUCUUUCACUCUUUGGCUUCCAUUCUUUUUGUCAACAACCAAAAAAACAUCGUGGCAACGGUACAAAUUUUAUAUGAAUUUGCUUUUGAGGCUGAUCAUCAAAAUCGCUGGCCCUGUGACUGACAUAAAACUUUGUAAAUACGUAAUAGUGACAUGUCUAGGUAUUUGUUGGUAAAUAUGUCUAGCUAGAAUUGGCUCCAUGAAAGCAACAAGCCAACAAGCUAGGGUGAUAUUCUCAACUGGAGAAACAAAGCCAAAUACUGGAAAUAUAUUUCAGGGUGUUACCGUGUAAUUAAUAUGUAUAUAGUUUACAUUAAUAUGACCUAAGUUACUAGAUGUAUAUAGUGUACAAUUAUAUACUCUCUU